AACAUUGAAGAGAAUCAGGAGCUCUGCAAACUGCAUUGGGUUGGGAGAGGUGAGGAAGAGGAGGAGGAGGAGGAGGAGGAGGAGGAGGAGGAGGAGGAGGAGGAGGAGGAGGAGGAGGAGGAGGAGGAGGAGGAGGAGGAGGAGGAGGAGGAGGAGGAGGAGGAGGAGGAGGAGGAGGAGGAGGAGGAGGACAAAUAGAGGGGAGAGUUGAGAAGGAAGAGGAAGGCGCACGGUUGAAUGUGGUU